AUGGGACUGAAGUUGAAGUGGUUCCGGCGAAGAAUUACCUUCGACGGGAUUCCCCCCGCACCGGAAAGGAGUAUUCGCCGAAAGGAGGCUGCUAGUGGGACCGUGACGGGUGUCUAUCGACAAAGUACAAACUUUGAGGACUACAUUGAACCGGUUCGAACGUCCUUUUGGGAACCACCGCCGCAAGCGAUCGCGCGAGCCACAUACCGUACGAGUAACCCGACAAACACCACGUCUACAAACGGACCGUCGUCCUCUUCCCUCUCGAUGACACGAGGUGGAACAAUUGUUGCGUCUACUAACUCCAUCAAAGCACCACCCGCCGUCGUCCCGUUGCCCGUUCCCACCACCAUCUCCUCCGUCAGCAGACCGCAGCCAACGACGAGUACUGAUACGGAAGAUAAGAUAGGUGGUCGCACUGGUAAUGGUGCGCUCCGGCAUGAUACGCCACCCGAACCGACCUACACGCCUCCUCAGCCGCCGGUGCGGAAGGGACUCGUCGGGAAGGCGAAGUCACUGGGGAACCUCGCGAAUGCGACCUCUCCCACUAGCUCCGGUGGCAGCGAAAGAUUCCCACGGGAUGACGGUAAUAGUUCCGACGACUCUACCAGUGGUUAUGUGACGUCGUACGAACUUCGGUCGCCCCGCUCGGUGGAGGUACUGAGUGGUCCAACUCCACCGAGGACUCCCAAGCCAGAUGCACCGGCACGCGUUCCACCAGUGACAGCGAUUCCGAGGACAACGUCAAGUAAUUCGCUUCCCUCCAAAGGUGAUUCUGCGCCUGUAAGUCCUCCAGCUCAGCGGAAACCAGUGGAAGUUGAGCCGGAUUACAUUGUUCCGCUUGCGCCGGAGGACCCCGAACCAAUCUACGACUCGUUCGACGCCAUCUUUGAGCGUGUUAAGGUGCGCAAACCUGCCAGUCCGGUGUCGCAACGAUCCGCACCGAGUACGCCGUCGACACCAUCGCCACCAACGCCAAGGCAGAAGGAAUCUCCAAGGGCAAGGGUUGUGGCGACAAGCGUACCGAACCCGGCCCAGUCCCCGCCACAGCCGAAGUCCAUUUUGAAAAAGCGAGCUCCUGCACCGCCCGCCGUGGUGGAGGCUAUGUCCAGUAUGGUGGUAGACCCCGUUAGCGAACCGGUGAUGACUAUUCCAACGCCUCCACCACGAUCGACACGCGGUGCUCCGACGAGUAAGGAUGUUCCGGAGGCCAUUCCUGAGCCAGUGAAGGUGACGAUCCAAUCCCCUCGGAAGGAAGAGGACAUUCAAAUGAUUCCCCAAGUGGCACACUCCGUCGACCACAACCAAACGACCGACGAUGAUUCCGAUGAGGACUUCAAUUGGGACUUCGUGCAAAGGCAUCGAUCCAGCAUCAACCAAACGAUGGCCGCCCAGACGCAGAUCGAUCCGGAAGUGUUGCGGAAUGCGCCGGCCUCACUUCUGCAAGGUCCUUCCUCUACCGCGCCGUCCCAAUACACCCGCAAUCCGAGCGAACCCGUAGCACAACCACGAACGCUUCGGGGGAUGCGCAAUCAGAGGGCCCGGCCACAGGAGGCGGAACCAAUCAACAGGGACGAUCGCAGUGCGGUGGCCAAACCCCAGACAACGCGAGCGCGUGCCAGCGAUUCGAACUGCUCGGAAACGUCCGCCUGACCUGCGUUCGCUGAUUCACGUAUAGAUUAAAACGGGAAGGUAGAGAU